GGACGAUGUCUCGAUUUGUUCAUGCAUAUAAGUAUCGCCAUGUCUUCGGACAGGCAGCAAAGAAAGAACAUGGAUAUGACAACGUGAAGGUCUCUGGCAGCGCAUGGGAUACAAAUAUUGUCUCUGCCUCUGGGCGAUACAUUAGCGUUAACUGGAAUGCAUCCGGAGCUGUCCCAAAUUUCUCGCACAAGCUUCCUGAUGUUAUUCCCCUCGCGCGCAGUCACGCCGCCCCCAUCCUCGACACCGAUUGGUCCCCACACAACGACUCUAUCGUUGCCUCUGGCGGUGAAGAUGGAAAGGUCAUGAUCUGGAAGGUCGAGUCUUCCGCUUUGGAAGACUUGGGCCAGGAUCAUUGGGUACUGGAAGACUUUGACCCUGUGGCCAUCGGCCAAGUUUUCUUCCAUCCAACCGCGUCUAAUGUCCUCACCAGUGCUUCCAGCGAACGCAUAGUUAAGUUUUGGAAUCUCGCUGAUACUGAUUGCCCACGUUCUGUUCUCACCGGACACAGCGAUACCAUUCAGUGUCUCGCCUUCAAUCCUACCGGCACGCUCAUAGCGACUACCUGUAGAGACAAAAAACUUCGUCUAUUUGAUCCUCGUGCUGGAGGCGAAGCUGUUCGCAUCACUGAUGCGCAUGGUGGUAUCAAGGGCGCUCGUGUCGUGUGGAUGGGCGAUCUCGAUAAGAUUGCGACUACUGGUUUUAGCAAGAUGAGUGAUCGUCAAGUCUCCAUCUGGGAGGCUGGAGGUCUUGGAAGUGUCAAGACGAUAACUAUCGAUCAGUUUGCUGGUGUCGUCAUGCCUUUCUGGAGUGACAAUGGCAUUCUUUUCCUUGGCGGAAUUGAAUGUGUUUGUUAUUCUAAAUCCAACAGCGAUGGAAAUAUCCAGUAUUACGAGUACGAGAGUGGCUCGCUAUUCGCACUAGCAGAGCACAAAUCUCCGGAUCCCCAAGGGAAUCUCGUGUCGGAUUGCGAGAUUUCCCGUGCGUGCAAGGUAUCAGGCUCAUCCGUGGAACCCAUCGCUUUCAUCAUGCCUCGCAAAACAGACUCAUUCCAAUCCGACAUUUACCCAGCUGUGGCCUCGUCAGAAUCUUCUCUCUCAGCAAGCGAAAGUGUGUUCAAUGGUGGACAAUCGACAUUCAUGCCCUCGGCGCCUGCUCCUGCACCGACACAUGCGCCCGCACCCACUGCGUUCAGUGCACCCCCGCCUGUCACUAAAGCUACACCAGUCCUGUCGAGAUCCGAGUUGGCACCGGUGCCUCGACCCGCUUCUCCUGUUGUUCUCACUCCGCCAACGCAAGUUGAUGAUGAAGGCAAGACCACUGUGUCAGAAGCUGAAGUCAAUCGGCUCAAUAGUGAGCUCUGUGCAGCGCGAGAAAAGAUUCGCAACAUGGAGUUACAGGUAGCUCAGGCUUUGAUGGAAGCGUGAGGACCAGGUUUGUGAGACUCAGACCGCAGUGGUUGUAAAGUAAAACAGUACCUGAUGAGACUAGAGGUGCUUUUGGUGUAGGUUGAUAAUCGUGUACAUAGUCAUUAUAUCUUGUAUAGCCUGCAUUUCAA